ACAAACCAAGGAAAAGGGUAAACAUAUAUAGUCACAAAGUGUUUAUCCUUUUCAAAAAUUGAGUUUGCUGAAGUCAUCACAUUGAUCAGGCUGAAUGCAACAGAUUAACAUAUAAUCAUUAUUUUUUUCAUCACUUCUACCUUUUAGCUUCCGAUCGAGAUCUUAGGUGAUGUUUUAGGUGGGCAUCCAUGUGGCCAGUGUUGGGUCAACAUUCUGACUCUUUGGUUGACUCAAUACAUUUAUGAUACCAACAGCUGAUCAAAAUGAAGAUACUAACCUGGAAUAUAAAUGGGAUCCGUGCCAGUAAAAUUAAACUUAGUGAACUAUUUGAUUCUUUGGAUGCUGACGUUAUAUGUCUUCAGGAAACCAAAGUCACAAGAGACAUGUUAGAUGAACCAACAGCCAUAGUUGAAGGCUACAAUUCUUACUUCUCUUUUUCAAAGAAACGAAGUGGCUACUCUGGCGUUGCAACAUUUUGCAAAGCUUCAGCAACCCCUGUAGAGGCAGAAGAGGGUCUGUAUAAAGAACUUAACCCAAAACUUGAAGGAAAAGUGGGUCACUACGGAGAUGUGAGCGAGUUCUCCAGUGAUGAAUUGGAAUCUCUCGAUGCAGAGGGGAGGGCAGUCAUUACAAAACACAAAAUCAGGAAACAUAAUGGAGUGGAAGCUGAGUUAGCCAUCAUCAAUGUAUACUGUCCACGCGUUGACCCUGAUAGAGAGGACAGGCUGCUCUACAAGCUGCGCUUUUUCGCUCUACUCCAGACCAGGGCUGAGGCUCUUCUACAGAGUGGCUGUAAUGUUAUUGUACUUGGAGACAUGAAUGUCAAGCACAAGAGCAUUGAUCGCAGUGAAGAAGAUGAAGUAGGGACGGUUACGACUCCGAGCCGGGUGUGGGUGAACCAGUUUGUGUGGGACAAGGACCGGGACCCCAGCAUCGCCGCUGUGGAGAAUAAGGAGGAUUUUGCUGGCACCACAAGCUCUGCGAGGGGGGGACUGUUUGUGGACUCAUUCAGGUACUUCUAUCCAGACCAGACGGGGGCCUAUACCAACUGGUGCACUUUGACCUCGGCUCGAGAAACCAACUAUGGGCGACGUCUGGAUUACAUCUUUACAAACGUUGAAUUGGCUCAGAGUGAUCUUAAGGACUGCGUGAUAUUGGCAGAUGUAGAGGGCUCAGACCACUGUCCAGUCAAAGCAGAGUAUAUGGCAGAGUUUAUUCCGGCCGAAAAAUGUCCUCCUCUGUGCACGAAACAUAUGCCAGAGUUCUGUGGAAAACAGAUUAAACUUUCUUCCUUUUUUAUGAAGCGAGAGAAGACUAUUGAAAGUAGUAUUGAAAUAAAAACCAGUCAGGACACAGCAGAUCAAAACCAUAUCAAAAAUACAAAAAAUGAUAAGACAGAAAAAGUGACUUUAAAGAGACCAAGUAAUGGAAACAAAAUUGGAAAUGCAGCAAAGAAAAAGAAAACUGAUUCAAGUGAUUCCAGGCAGGGUAGUCUAAAAGGAUUUUUCCUAAAGACAAGUACAAAAAAGGAAGUUGUUGAUAUUAAAAUGGAGGAAGUGUCCUCUGAAACAAAGGGAGAGAAUCACAGCUCUGAGAUGAGUGUAAAAGUUGAGAGUACCAUCACUGUGAAAAGUAACACAGCAAGUGCCUGGAAAAACCUCCUCCAAGGUCCCCCUCCCCCUCCUCUGUGUAAGGGACACCAGGAGCCCUGUGUGUUAAGGACAGUGAAAAAGCCGGGGCCCAAUAAAGGGAAGCAGUUCUUUGUGUGUGCCCGGGGGGAGGGUCACAGUACUAAUCCAGAAGCCAGGUGCGACUUCUUCAAGUGGGUGGACUACAAAAAAAAGUGACAAGGUUUCUGCACUCCAAUUAUGCAUCCCUGUUGUGAUUUAUAUUUUGAUACACUGUAUUUUGCACAAAUAUUUCCAUAAAGAUGAUUAUUUUUCCAUA